UUUUGCUAAUUUUUGAAAAUUUGUUAAUUAGUUAAAACAAAGAUUGAUUUUGUUAAUAUAAUUUUAAACGAUUCGAUUGAUGUUAUAAGAUAUAAGUGGCUUUUAUUAUAGUAGAGGCGGGCCACUUCUGGGUUUCCCUCCCGUUGCACACAGAAACGGCUAGCACGUGUCUAUUGGGUGCCAAGCACCGGCAUCGAUAAACUUUGAGCCCCAAAGCAUAAGCCCAAACGUAAAAAAAAAAAAUAACAAUUUCAAUUCCAGUUCCCCGAGUUCAAAGUAUACGACAUGACCGAACGCUUGUACAGCUGGACCUGCGAGGGGGGCGGUGAUAACCCCGCCUACUAUGCAGGCCAAACGCAGCUAUAUUCGACGGCUCUGCCGCCAACUGUCCUCUGUGCGGACUAUAAUAAUAAUCCUGGCGGAGGAGCUGGCUUGCGAUACCUCAACGGACUGGCUGGCUAUACCCCACCGCCGGGCUUGCUGCCGCACAAGUAUACAGGUGGGCCGCCAGCGAGCUCGACCAUGCCCGGCGGCCAGCUGGAGGUGUGCCAAUAUGCGCAUGUAAAUGGCAGCGCCUCCUGCUACAAUCGCAACCGUUAUAUGCCCUAUAAUCACAAUCGGGCAUGCGCAGCGGCUGCUGCAGUUGCGGCGGUCACCGGUCAUCCGCUGAUUAAUCAACAUCAUCAGCAGACGGUUGCGGGUCCGGGCAGUGGCAGCGGAUUUGCGAACAGCUAUCAGCCAUCGUUCGCGCCCAUUUAUCAGCACACAACACCGCUGGCCACGCCCGCUGCGCUGCCGCCGGCCAAUGUCUCCGUUGCGAGCAGCACCGCUGCCGCCGCUGAUGCAGAUUACGGCUACAAUAACGGGCUGACCAACACCAUGGCGCCCAGCAUGCUGCCCCUGACCUGCUCGGGCGCCUCCACCAUGUCCACCCAUAGCGGCGGCAGCAGCUCUGCCGGCGAAGCCAGCGGCGGGCAUGCCUAUGCAAGUGUUACCGAUCCCAGCGAUGCGGUCACACUGCAGAUUACCAACUUGGAUUACUCGCUGGACGAGACCAGUUUGCGCAAUUUCCUCAUGAGCCAACUGAAGCCCAUCACGCCCGUCGUGUCGCUCAACUUUGAGGCCUGCAGCUAUGCCAAAGUCACCGUACCGGAUCUCUAUUUUGCCAAGCAAGUGGUGUCCAAUUUGCACCGCAAGAAGAUUGGCCACAAGCGCAUGCUGGUCAGCUACACGCGCGACUCAUCCCUGACCGAGGUCAAUACACUGCGCUGCCAGGUUGCUGGACUGUUGAAGGAUGUUCCGUACUAUACAUUACCUAUGUAUAAGUUCCGCGAGCUGUUCCAGUCGCGCUUUAAGACCUCAAUCAAUGUCCUGGAUUUGUACAAGAUGCAGGACAUCUGCUCUAUUAAGUCGGACAACAACGAGGGCCAGUUCAUCAGUUUGCAAGAGGAGCUAGUCAACACGCUGGAGAGCUCACCACUGAUGGAGGGACUGCAGCACAGUGUGCCCUAUUGCACGGUGCACUUCAAGCGGGAACAGCACAAGGGCUGGGCAGAGCAGGAGAUCGAACCGCUGCCCAAUGUGUGCAUGACCAUUGCAGAAAUACAGCAGCUGAUUUAUCCGCUGCUGAAGCAUCAUCCGGGCGAUAUACCCGUGGCUACGCUGCUGCACUGCAUCGAGAGUCAGUUGAAAGUGCAAAUUGCGGCCGACGAGAGCGGCGUUAAUCUGGAGCAUCUCGUUUGCUGUGUCCAGGGCAUACAGAUACAAGUGAACAAUUUUGGCAUUAAGAUUCUCGGCUGGCUGGAGCUCAACAAGGAGGUGUCCACAACUGGCGUCGGCAUGGCCAAUGCCAGCCUUAAUAGCACUGAUCGUGGCAACGGCAACGGCAACGGCGGUUCUGGCGGCUAUUUUAAAAACUCUGUGGCCGAUCCUCUUUUUCAAAUCUCACGCGAGGUUAUCGAACUGGUAAAAAUGUCGCCCAAGUCCACGAUGAAGUUCAAUCGCUUCAUCCCGGCCUAUCACAACCAUUUUGGCAAGCAGUGCCGCGUUGCGGACUAUGGCUAUACCAAGCUGAUUGAGCUCUUUGAGGCGUUGUCAUCGGUGGUCCAGAUCAUGGGCGAUGGCGAGAAUCGUCAGAUAACUCUCACACAUCGCACCCAGAUCCGACGCUUCACUUCGGACUUGUUGCGUGUGCUGCGCGCCCACGGCAACAACUCGGUGCUUCUGUCCCAACUGCCUGGAAUUUUUUCCCAGACCCAGAAUCGCAACUUUGAUGUCACCGAUUAUGGUGUGUGCGACAUUGUGGACAUCUUGGACGGCCUGGUCAAUAGCAAUAUUGUUGUGCUCAGCACAGUGCAGCAAGGCAAGGAUAUACUUAUAUCCAUUCCCAAGCGCAAGCAGACCAACACAGAGCUGGAGAAGACCUGUGUAUUCGCUGGCGAGAUGGUGGAGCUCUUCCAGAACGCUUUGCAGUACAGCCUACUCUUUCAGAAGUUUGUGCGCUCCUAUCACUACCAUUUCGCCUAUCAGUGUCGCCUGAGCGACUAUGGUUUUCUCAAGCUGGCGGAUCUCAUGGAUGCCAUACACGGCGUGGUCGAACUCGAGAUGACCAGCGAUGAGGACAAGAAGAUUGUGCUAUCGCCGAAGGUGGCUAGACGUGUGUUUGCCGAGCAGUGCGAGGAUCUUAUUCGCAAUGUUACCGGCAACUCAACCAAUUGUAUGAAGCUUGAGCAGGUGCUCAAGCUGCACAAGAAAAAAUAUGGUUAUCAAAUGCAGCCGCAAACAUUGGGCGCACCAGACAUAGCCAGCGCCAUUGAGCUACUGCCCUAUGUCGAGAUAGUGCACAAGGAGCAGGCCACCUGGCUGAUCUGCCACAACGACGAUGUGGAAUUUCGCCAGCUAUGCUAUCGCGCCUGCAAGCAGCUGCUGCAGCGUGAGGCGAUGGCAAAUACUGCGGCAGCUCCUGGAGAGCCCGCAUCACCACCAAAGCCAGAGCCGCUCAGCCAGGCGCAGUUCGCUAGCGAUUUCAAUGCAAAGCACAAGCAACAACUGACGGAAUCUACACUUCAUGCCAUGCGGCAUGCCAUAGAGAUCUACGUGGAGGCGGAUGAGCCUUGCGUGCGACUUACCAGCUUUAUGCGGUUUCUGGUGUCCAUUGUGCGUCUUUUGGAGCAACGUCCCAAUAUGUAUUUGUACGAGCUGAAGAGCGCCCUUGACUGUGGACUGACCACCACCUUCGAGUUUGGCUUUCCCAAUUUGUAUUCAGUUAUUGUGGCUCACGAUGAUCUCUUUACGAUCAACAUGGGACCCACACAGGAACGCAGCGAUGUUGCUCUUAAUGUAAAUUGCGAACUACGUCUCAAUACGGGUGCCACGCAUCAGCAUCUGUUUGGCUCCCUGAAGCUGCCCUAUGCCAAGCACAAGGCUCAGCGAAGCAAACGCACACCGCUCGGCGAGCACAAUCGUCCACCGCCAUCCCAGGCUCCGCCUCCGCACAAGACCCGUGCCAUAGCCAAUGAGUAUGCGAGCAGUAUUGGCAGCGUGUCCAAUAAUGCCGCCCACAAGCCGCAGGUGACGAUCAACAGCUUCCAGGCCUAUCAGGAGCACUUUGCCGCCAGCUCAGCACAAGUCAAAUGCUCACCACCCAGCGCCAAUUGCUCUGUGAUGUCAUCCACAAUGCUGAACAGCUCCGGUACCGCCAAUAUAAGCCUGUGCAGCAGCUGCAGCAAUAAAGAAAAUUCGCUCAACAGCAGCUCGCAUCAGAUCUUUAACAGCAGCAACAGCAACAGCUCAUUUAAUACAUCUUGCGAGCUUAACAGCAGCCUCUGCGCUGGCGAUGUCGCCUCCAGCACAGCCAUAACCUCGGCCAUGCCUUAUGCUCAUUCUGGCAAGUUGUGGUAUCGUCGUCAGGCCAGCUUCUAUCAGCAGCAGCAGCAGCAGCAGCAGCAUCAACAACAGGUGCAACAGCAACAGCAACUGCAGCAACAGCAAAGGCAACAGCAACAGCAGCCUACCUUGAUGCAGCAUUCCUUCGACUCGGGUCGCGAUUUGUAUGAUUUGGUCAGUUGCAAUGUGGCGCCGAUACGUUCUUGUUAUGAUCCACCCAAGCCCGAUACGCCGCCAUCGGAGAAAUUGCCUUUCUGGAUCGAUCCCGUAUGGAGCAAUCAGUCGGAGCAGCCAAAGCAAAACUUGCUUAACAUUCGGCUGCCAGAGCUGAAGGGUCUCAAUGUUCUCCCCAUGCUUUUGUCGCCCUAUACUAUAUCCAAGCAUGCGAAUAUGAAGCGAAAGCUGUUUAAUUUUGAUAAUCACGAUCGUAAGAUAGCCUAAGUAGCAACGAAUUCUAAAACAAAAGAAGUUUAGAACUUAUAAUUUCGUAAUAUAUUUUACGUACGACUGCGGAAGCGUUGAAACGUUUUGUAUAGGUUCCUGGUGAGCCUUAAAAUUGUCACAAUUUAA